GUACAGAGCGGAGGAGAGGGGAGAGAGCGAGCGCGCGCGCGGGGGGUUCGUCGCAGGGGGAUUGACUGCGAUGGCCUUGAUCAGGUGCAACUGGCAGGUCUCGCCCCCAGCGGCGUGCCACGUGUCAGUCGCACGUUCAACCCCAAGUGGCAACGAGCUGUCGUCAGAUACGGUUGGUAACCUGCCACGUGUCCUGCGCGCCGAAGGAUGGCGAUGUCCGACGACAGCGUUCCAUGUGUCAGCUCCACAUUCACCGCUGAGUGGCGGCGAGCUGCCGUCGUCUGGUGCGGCGAUUGGUGGCCUGUCACGUGUCGUGAGCGGUGAAGGAUGGCGCCAAUCAACAGCAAUGAUGAGGCGAUGCGUUUCACAUCCCGCCAGUUCCUGCCGACACCUGUCCUCCUGCGAAGCUUCCUCAGCAGCAACGAGUUGCUGUGCACCUCAAUUGCCGCGCUUUUCGAAAAGCGCGGGAGAUUGGCAGGGGCCGAAAAGCGCGGGAGAUUGGCAUGGGUCGAAGGAAGGAAGGAGGAGCGUGGAUAGGAUGAGAAUGGUGGGGGGUGUGACAGCUGGCCUUCUCCGCCCAUCGCGCGCGCGAUCGCUUUCAGCCGCCGCCCGCCAAGCGGGUAAGCGCAAGGUGGCGGCAGCGGCGGUGCCACGUGGAUGGCAGGGACGGCAGAUUGCAGAUGGGCAGCGCGCGGCGUCCCGACCUACCACGUGGCAGUCUGAUGCACCACGUGACAAGAGGCUCGUCCCGCCGUCGGCUCUCUAUGGAGGAGCUACUGCUGGUAACGAGGGAGGGGAGGAGGAGGGGGAGGAGGGGGAGGAGGACUUGGGCAGUGAAGAAGGGGACGAUGCCGAUCGGGAUCGGGGUGCACAGCCUUCAGCGGCUGACAUGGCGAAGUUUCGGCAGAAGAUUGAGCGAAACUUCUCGUCGGAGCGGACCACUUUUGGCGGGAACGAUCUGGCAUCGUUGAUUCGCGCCAAAUAUGGGAAAUCGUACGACGUACAGCUCGUGAGGCGGAAAUUCAUGGGCAAAAAUUUAUUAGCACUGCAUGUGAUGUGGCUGUAUAGAGAGCACACAGCUUUCCCGUUAACAGAAGAGGAAUAUAUUGAGAGGCUUGAUGAAGUGGCAGCUGUGUUGCGUGAGAUGGGUGCGGUAGGGCAUGUAAAGCAGAGCCUUGAGAAGACGCGGGAGCGGCCACGUGUCGGCAAGGCAGUUAAUAUCUUCAUUGACCCAGGAGGAGCGGGGGCUCGAGCUGAUGAAUUUAUGAUAUGAUGAUGAUGAGGAUAAAGAAAUGUCUCGAGG